AUGAGAGAACUCGUGUUCCAGAACUGUUUGAAACUGGAUGAAGAAUCAAGAAGAGUAAUCAUGCNACAAAGGGUUUACGACAAUGUAUGUUUACCGGGUAAAGAAGUUCCUGCGGAGUUCACUCACAAAGCUACAGGAAACUCCUUAGUUAUCCCUAUGGUUCUGGAUGCUUGUCUAAUAACCAAAGGAGGUGUCACCAUUGCGGAACUUAAGUGGGAUCAAAUGAAUGUUUCUAAUUUUGUAACGGAGCAUCUGUUUAUAUGUGGUGGUAGCUUGGUUCAGGAAACACCUAAUGUCGAUGUGACUGCGAACGAGAUUCUAUUUGAAUUCAGCUGCAGGGAUAGCCUCAAGAUUAUUGAGUGCGGUGUACAGAUCAUGAGUGAGGAAACAGAGAGUAGCAUUGGAAGCAAAGCGGGCUGCGUUGAAAUUGAAAGUGGAGGCAGUAGCUACCACCACACAUAUGGAGAUGAAAACUACGAACCCGAAGCCGUUCAGGUCUCUCAUCGUGAAAACGUUCAUAGCAGUAAAUAUAAGUGUAACUGGAAUUGGAGGUGGCUUAAGAAGCUUUGUUCUGGAAAAGAAGAUAAUGACGGAGAAGAUUAUAAUCACGGACAACAAUACAUUGAAAGACAACCCAUUUUCCUACAACAAUCCAUGUCCCCCAUUAUGAUUCGAAGAAGAUGA